ACCUAAGAUAUAGAAAGGGAAAAAGUCAAAGACUGUAACUUCAGAUCACAUGAAAACUAAAGGUAGAAAGUUCACAGUUAAAAGACCUCACAAGACAAGACGUGACCUCUACAGUGUCUAAACUGUAACUCACAAACGUCUUUCCUCUGUGAAUUCUGCAGAGACAGAGGACAUCAGGCUCUUUUCUUUGCAAGGCGUCAUGCUCAAGGAAUUUGUUUCUUUGAGAUAUCCCGUGUAAACAUAAGUAAAGAUUAACACAUCAAGUGACCGGAGGUGCGGGAGUCCCUCGCUCUCUUUUUCUUUUCCUGCUCUCCUUUUUCAAACACUCUCCCCCCCGGACGCUGCCGACACACAUCUCGAGCCACGGCGAGUACGAUGGCCAGACGUUUUCAUAUUCAGUGAUGUGUGACCACACUGGCCUCAAGGUUGUUCACUGACAUUGAGCUAAGACAAAGAACAGAAACCAACACCUCUGUGGUUUCCUUCAUGUCAGGCCACAGUCAGCCAGCAGGUCGGCCAGCGAGCAGCAAUGACAGUCACGUACUCCCGCAGGGUUGCUGAUGCAGGUCUGGGAACCUUCUUUCACCUGCUCCUGCGAUGGAAAGGCAGCAUUUAUAAACUGCUCUACAGGGAGCUCAUCAUCUUUACGGUGCUCUACUACUUCUUCAGUAUUGUUUAUAGGUUUGUGUUGAGUGAUGACCAGAGGAGGCUGUUUGAGAAGCUGUCGAUAUACUGUGACCGCUACGCAGAGCUCAUCCCCGUGUCCUUCGUGCUGGGCUUCUAUGUGACCUUGGUCGUGUCCCGCUGGUGGGGCCAGUUUGAAAACGUCCCCUGGCCGGACCGCUUGGCAGCAUUAGUGGGUGGUCAUGUUCGUGGCGUUGAUGAGGCCUCCAGGCUGACCCGCCGGACCCUGAUGCGAUACGCCAACCUGUCUGGUGUGCUCAUCUACCGCUCUGUCAGCACCGCGGUCUACAAGAGGUUUCCCACCAUGCAGCAUUUGGUGCAGGCAGGUUUGAUGACGCCGGAGGAGCUGCGGCACCUGGAGGACUUGCCCUCUCCUCACAACAAGUUCUGGGUUCCCUGUAUGUGGUUCGUCAGUCUGGCACUGAGAGCUCGGUCUGAGGGUCGCAUCAACAACGACGUGGCUCUCACUGCCAUUCUCACUGAGUUGAACAGUUUACGGGCAAAGUGUAUGAAGCUGUACGGUUAUGACUGGAUCAGCCUGCCUCUUGUCUAUACUCAGGUGGCGACAGUAGCGGUCUACAGUUUUUUCCUGGCUUGUCUGAUCGGUCGUCAGUUCUUGGAUCCAGUUCAGGGUUACCCCGGUCAUGAUCUGGACUUCUACCUGCCUGUGUUCACCCUGUUGCAGUUCUUCUUCUACGUCGGUUGGCUGAAGGUGGCCGAGCAGCUCAUAAAUCCCUUUGGUGAAGAUGAUGAUGAUUUUGAAACCAACUGGCUUGUUGAUCGCAAUCUGCAGGUGUCCUUGUUGUCUGUGGAUGAGAUGUACGACAGCCUGCCGCUGGUUGAGAGAGACAUGUACUGGAAUGAGUCUAAACCUCAGCCUCCCUAUACUGCUGCCAGUGCUGAACACCGCAAACCCUCCUUCAUGGGCUCAGCCCUGGAUAUCAGUGUUCCCAAGGAGGAGAUGGAGUUUCAGUCCAAUCUGGAGCAGAUCAAAGAACACGAAGAAGCCAACUACUCCACCCCACUGCUCGGAGGGCUGGGUCGUCUCCUUGGUGUUCAGUCCCCGAACUUCCCUCGCUCCUCCCGGGUCCCUCUGCUGCGCCGGCGCCCUGGAGCUCCCCUAAGCCGCUUCCCUUUCUACCUGCAUCCAGAGGCUCCAUCGACUCCGAGUCACGUCCGCCAGCCUUUGAACCAGGAGCGAGAUCCAGACUAUGCCUUCUCCACAAUGCCCCUGUACGAGAGACCAGGUUUCUACAGCUGCCCACAAACGCCCAUCCACUGCGUGCCCCCUGCUGUGCCUCGCCCUCGACCCGCCCGGAGAACCCAAAAUGAGUGGGACCGCAGCUGUAGCUCCCUGGCCCCACCAAUGGUGGGCUCACAACUGCUGCCUCCUGACACCCCCGGACCCCAUGUCCCCCAACCUCCAUCGUCUGCUUUCCCCUGGUUGAGUGAAGAUGGUGAGGGUGCCCCGACCUUCUCCUUCCCUGACCCUCCACCUGAACUCUGCCCAAUAUCUAAACUCAGACCAGGACACGGCCUCCUGUCCCGCCGGCCUCCCCCUCCUCGCCUUACUCUGGACAACCUCCCAACAUCCGACAGCCAUUCCGGACCUGCGAGUGCUCGGACAGCAGGAAGCGGAGGGGAACGGGUGUUCUCAUUCACUCCUCCCUCUCGAACAGCCACGGCAAAUCCCAGUAAUCCCAACAGCAGCUCUAGCAGCAUUAAUGCAACAAGCACCAACAGCGCUGGCACAACAGGAAGUCUAUGGGACGGUACAAGUCACACUAAUUAUAGUAACAAUGGAAACUUCAGCGCCAACAUGAGGGCAAGCAACGGAGGCGCCAACGGUGGGCUUAGCAACAACAUGAACACAGUUCCCACUUCAGCAUCUUCACAACAAGAAACCAAUCAGCAAAACUCGCCAAAUGACUCCGGGAUCUCCCUGGCUGAAGGAGACCUGCUGGCUGUCCUGGUGGAUGGUGGCGUGAACAAAGCGACAAAAGGGAGGGAACAGGACUGAGAAAGAAGGCCUGACUCUGUUUUUGUACUACUGACCUAUGUAACAUCAGAAAUGCGUUACAAUCAUCUGGAGCCCUUCACACUAGUGAAAAGUGUUUGUUGCAUUAACACUGAGUUAAUCUCUACUUCCUGGCAAACUCUUACAGAACAAUUAACUGGCUUGCAAUGCAAAAAGCACCUUAUGAAAUUAAACCGUCAACAUGUGAAGGAACAAUAACAAAUACUUUCCAGAUUCCUUUUACAGUCAGUGACAAGAAACCAAAACGUAUUUACUCUUAAAAAGCAGUUUCCAUCAGUGUCUGCUUUGACUAAUACUUAUCACGUUUAUGCUUGUUUUGUCAUUUUAACAAGAUUUUUUUUCAAUAAAGAAAAUUAAAAACUUU